UCAACAACCAUUACACGUCAGGGAAGGAAACCGAGAAGAGUUCUUGCUUCAACAGUGUUUGAACGGAACUUCUUCCUUCGUCCCGCUUUGGAUUUCGACUAGUCUGUAUUCCGUACACGAAGAACCUCUACUACUUGAACACUACUGACAAAGUCGUCGUAAAGUUUUAUUUUUGUACUGUUUUGUUAAGAAAAAGAAACGCCAGCCAAAAUGGAGUCCCAGAUCCGUCAGAACUACCACCGCGAUUGCGAGGCCGCCAUCAACCGGAUGGUCAACAUGGAGCUGUUCGCCUCUUACACCUACACGUCCAUGGCCUUUUACUUCUCCCGUGAUGAUGUGGCCCUCCAAGGCUUUGCCCAUUUCUUCAAGGAGAACAGUGAUGAGGAGAGGGAGCACUCUGAGAAGCUGCUGGCUUUCCAGAACAACAGAGGAGGACGCAUCUUCCUGCAGGACAUCAAGAAACCGGACCGUGACGAGUGGGGUAGCGGACUGGAGGCCAUGCAGUGCGCCUUGCAGCUGGAGAAGAAUGUCAACCAGGCUCUGUUGGACCUGCACAAGCUGUCCUCUCAGCAUGGAGACCCUCAUAUGUGCGACUUCCUGGAGACCCACUACCUGAACGAGCAGGUGGAGGCCAUCAAGAAGCUGGGAGACUACAUCGCCAACCUCUCCCGCAUGGAAGCCCAUACCAACAAGAUGGCAGAGUACCUGUUUGACAAGCACACUCUGGGCAGCAAGAGCUAAGCACAGAGCCCAAGGGUUGAGCCUGGAGUGCAGAUGAUGACACGCAAGCUUUAAAAUGCUCCAGCUGUUGUUCACGGAGCAUAACUCUGUAUAAUCUGCUUAACCUAUAAAGUUGAUAAGUUCUGAUGGUGUCUGUUAAAUGUCAUGUGGAAGGAUGAUGUUCAUCACGUUAUGGCUUUGCCCUCAUUACCUAUAAGACUCCUCUUGUGUGACAUUUUUAACAGCGACUGACUGUUUCUGUUACUGAAUAAACCUUUUGAGCUGGA